AUAUGCUUAACUGAAGUCAGCACCCAAAGACUUGUGAUUUAUUAGCAUUUUACAUGCCCUCAGGUCCAUAAUGGAGUCAGUGGUGAGAAGUGAGAUUAUUCUGACAUUUUACAUCAUUUCCUUCCUGAUUGGCCUUCCAGCCAAUCUGGUGGCUCUCUAUGCCUUCAGUGUCAAGAUCCACUGCAAGCCACUCCCAACAGACAUCCUGCUUCUGAAUCUGACUGUGUCCGACCUGCUCUUCUUGAUCAUCCUUCCUCUCAAGAUGCACGAGGCAGCUUCAGGGAUGCAGUGGAAUCUGCCCAACUUCAUGUGUUCUAUCACCUCCUUUGUCUUUUUCUCCACAAUAUACACCAGCUCCUUACUGCUGAUGGCCGUCGCCGUGGUCCGCUACGUAGGAGCAGCAUUUCCUAUUAUCUACCAACACCUCAAGAAACCUGUGUACCCGAUCACUAUCAGUGCUGUUAUUUGGCUGAUCUCAAUGGGACACUGCAGCAUCACUUUCAUCAUCCAACACCACCCAUCUCUCUCCAGCAUAAACUCUUCUAUCUGCUAUGAGAAUUUUACACAGAAGCAGCUGGAAAUUCUCCUCCCAGUGCGUUUGGAGUUUUUCUUUGUGGUCUGCCUUAUACCUCUUAUAAUUUCCAUUUUCUGCUACCUGCACUUGAUUUUGAUUCUGUACAGCCGUCCCAGGAUAUCCUGGACGCAGAAAAAGAAGGCUAUUGGCAUGGCCUUGGGGACUCUUGCUGUGUUCCUCGUUUGUGUUCUGCCAUACAAUUUUUCUCAUUUAUUGGGAUUCUUCCAGGGUAAGAGCCCUGAAUGGAGGUACUACACUUUGCUUCUCAGCACAUUAAACACCUGCCUCGAUCCCAUCAUAUUUUAUUUUUCCUCCUCAAUCUUCCACUGCACUAGCAAAAAAUCUAUUUUCAGAAAGCAUCGUGUUAAUGAUGUAAAAAUGGAAAUAAGGGGCACAUGUUCAACCUAAAUCUGAAAUUUUGAUCUUAAUUCUUUAUUCAGUUGUUUUCAACUCAGUUCUGUUGAAAUGACCUACUGCUGUUUAUUACUAGAUGUAUCCUAACCCAAAACCUUGGUUAACCUUUUUUGAAGGCUUCACAAUAUUAUAAGUCAUGAGGAAGCUGUCAGCUUUAAAUUGGUAGAUUAAUAUAUCAUGGUUGGCAUAUUACUUCCUCUCUUUUAGAGUAGGUGAGAUACUCUGCACUAAUGCUUUCAGUAAAUACAUGUAUAGAAUUAAUGUGCAAGUAAAAGUAUGAAAAGUAAA